AUGCUUUCAUUCCCCUAUCCUUGGUUCCAAUCUGUGCAAUUGUUCUUCAAGAGGAUUUCAUCUGGAAUUGCUGCUAAGUUCAGUGCCAUCGGACAAGACGUUACAUUUUUAUCAGAUAAAUUAGUUGGCAAACUAUGCAAAUCACUGGCCAUUUCCGGACUAAUUGUGUAUGUGUUGUACAUUUUGUUGUCUAACCAUCCCUGCUGCCAGUCCUCCAAUUUCUUAGCUAACUUGAGACACAAGUGGGGCUCAGAUCCCAUUACUACUGAUUCUCCUACUAAUCUUAGCGACCUUGUGUUUGGAAUAGCAGCUUCCGUCAAUACAUGGAGGACUAAAAGAAUAUACAUCGAUGCAUGGUGGCGACCAAAUAUUACCCGGGGGUAUCUUUUCUUAGAAAGAACUCCCACAAAUUUCCUUCCAUGGCCUUCAUCUUUUCCCCCUUUUCGAGUUUCUGAAGAUAUCUCUAGAUACCAACCAUAUAACAAGCAUAGGAUGCCACAUGCAAUAAGAAUGGUACGCGUGAUUGCAGAGACAUAUAGGGAGGAGAAUAAAGGAGUGAGGUGGUAUGUUAUGGCGGAUGAUGAUACCGUGCUUUUCAUCGAUAAUCUAGUGGAGGUCCUGGCAAGGUAUGACCAUAGGAAGUACUUCUACAUUGGGAUGAAUUCAGAGUGUGUUACGUCGAAUAUAGAUCACUCAUUUGAAAUGGCAUUUGGGGGAGCUGGGUAUGCUUUGAGUUACCCUCUAGCUGAGGCCUUAGCCAGGAAUUUAGACGUGUGUAUCAAGAGAUAUCCAACAUUGUAUGGAAGUGACCAUAUUUUGCAGUCAUGUGUUGCUGAUUUAGGAGUCUCCCUUACCCAUGAAAAGGGGUUUCAUCAGAUUGAUCUACAUGGUGACCUAUCAGGUCUUUUAUCAGCUCACCCGCAGUCUCCUUUCCUCUCCCUCCACCACCUCGAUGUCACAGAUCCCCUCUUCCCUUCCAUGAACCGAAAUGAAUCAGUAGUCCGCCUUAUGAAAGCUGCAAAAGUCGAUCAAUCUCGACUUUUGCAGCAGACCAUCUGCUAUCACAAGCCAUACAACUGGUCUUUCUCCAUAUCAUGGGGCUACUCUACCCAAAUUUAUGAGAAUAUAUACCCUCCAAGUGUUUUAGAGAGACCACUCCAAACAUUUGUUCCAUGGAAGAGGAUAAGGAUGCCGCCCUACAUGUUCAACACCCGGUUUCCCUCCAGAACUCCAUGCGAGGCACCUCAUGUUUUCUUCUUCGAAUCCGCAGAAAAAAUCAAAGGGGAACAAAUUGUUACAACUUAUAUUCGAAAAUUUCCACGUUUGUUACCACCUUGUCCUUCAGGUGGCAAUCACUCUGCUGAUUACAUCUCAAAAGUUAAGGUUUUCUCACCAUUGAGGAGACUCCAUGGGACUGGAAAUAGAAGAGAAUGCUGUGACAUAGUGCGUGUGGCUAAAAUGAAUUUCUCGGAGGUCAAGUAUAGGGCUUGCAUGAAAGACGAAAUAGUGGGUUGA